GAGUGGCUCCGUUCCUAGAAUCAGGGAUGGAACGACUCCGUUCUACUUGGCUCCUCAACCAAACACUACCUUAUUUCUCUACUAUUAUAAAGCACCAGUUUCGACCGUUCGACGUCGUCCUGCGUCAUAUUUUUGCAGAAUUCUCCCUCAAUUUUCCUUGGAUCAACCUGCCGUCUCGUCCCCACGUCUCCUCCCUCUCUCUCUCUCUACCUCGCCAGUUAGUUAUUCGAUCCGAUUCAUUCGCAGAUAUCAAGGCCUCUGUUUUCCUGUUGUUGUGUUCGUUAGAAUAGCUGCACCCAAUUUGCUCGUUGUAGAUGCCAUGCUCACGCUAGUUAAAGAUCUUAAAAUAAAAGAAAGUGUGGCAGUACUUAUCCUUGCGUCUCCCCAAAUAGAGAGAUAAUGAUCUUAUCUCUUCUCUACUUGUCCCUGCAUCUCUGCUAACAGAUAGAUAAUGAUCUUAUCUUUGCAACUUAUCCCUUCACUACUAUAAAACCCCUACCAGUGGUGUGAAGGCUGCGUUCAACGUUGAGUGUUCCUCGACACCCUGUCGCUCGGCUUCUUCGCUAGCUCCAUGCUCGUGGCCACCGUGCACCGGGUUACCGCUGCCCGCUGCCCAUGGAUCGACGACGACCUCAACAAGGGCAGGCUCGACAACCACUGGCUGCUCGCCGUCGUCUGCCUCACCAACCUGCUCGUCUACCUCACCGCAACCAGGCGGUACAAGUACAAUGCUAGACGUCCCAGCGCCGACGACAGCGUCAACAACGUCGAGGUGGCCGACGAGCCCAUGCUCCACUGAUCGAUCCGGAGUAUACGAGUGUGUAUCAUCCAUGUGUAUACGAGUGUGUAUCAUCCAAGUGCAGUGCGUGUAGAUCCAACGUACGCGUGGAGUAGUAUAAAAUUUAAUAACUUGUUUCUUAGAGGGAGGGGAGGAGAGCCACGGUGUCGGCUGGCUGGGACGGGCGCGCGGGAUCUCAUCCCGUCGGGUGAGGCAUCCGCGACCCGAUCCGAGCCUCCCUCACACCCCUGCCGGACGAGGUGCUGCUGGGGCUGUGCCACGACGGAGACGACCUUCCGACGCUUGACGCCCACGGCAGCGGCGCAGAUGGCCUUAGCGAUCCAUAGUGUGGCGAUGAAUAAUUUAGUUUGUGUGGCUUGAAACGAUUCAAUUCAUCAUGUUUAUUUUUUCGUGGGUUGUAUAACUUAUUUAGCUGGGUGGAUUCGAUUGUACGAAAGCAGCAUACUUGUUUGUAGCCUAUCACGUAGCAUUUGCUUAUCCUUUCUCCAUUUCAGUUUAUGUGGCUAAUUGCAUUGGUUAGAUUGUUUAUAAAAUUGUUUGCAACUAGUGCAGUGCAGUGUUCUUAAGGCGCCUAGGCGAGCAAGUGCACCAGCCAAGCGCCUUAGCGCUUAGGCGGCGCCUAGGCGACGCCUAGGCGGGUAUGGCGAGCAAGGCGACCAGUUUUGCCCGGGCGCCUGGACGCCUAGGCGACGCCUAGGCGACGCCUUAAGAACACUGGUGCAGUGACUUGGGAUUAGCACACAUAUAUAAUAUAAGAUAGGUUUGGAGUGUCUACUAUGUUUGUGUUCUUUGUAGGGCUUGAUGAUUUUAUACAAAAUCACAUUUGUAUUUUGGUAAUUACUUACAGUCAUUAGCUUAGAGUUAACAUGAAUUACGAUUCAAAUAUUUACCAUUUGUAAGACCUUUUCAGGAUUCUGGUACACAGAUGAUCAUGAGUAGUUUCUCUUGUACACUUGCUUUAGCUUUAAUCAUAGUGUUAGCAUUGUAUGCAUAACCUAAAAUUACUUCUCCAAACUAUAAGGGUAAAAAUACUGAGUGAUAUGUACACAUGCCUAUACUAAUUUAUAUAUAGUAUAGAUAAUAAGCUGUUCAAAUAAACUUACACGGUACAAAGAAGUUAGCAAGGAUAGCCCAUAUACCGUUGCAACACACGGGUAUUAUACUAGUAUAAUUUAACAUGUGACGAGAAGCUGGUCUCCUCAAGGUAGGAGCAACUGGAGUUCACAGUUCACACAAUUGUUUCACUGCCUCUAGUCCAUGGACCUCAUGGUCAUGUGAAUGCUAGUCCCUCCAUGUUUUUUGUUGCUUCUUGGUAGUUGAGAAUUUUAGGGGUGUGGGUUCAUUCAGCAUUUAUCCAAUCAACAUUUUAUGAGAGCUGAUUACAAUUAUAUUUUUCUAGAUUAGAAUUUACAAUCACAUGCAACAUGUUGGUGUAAAAGAUCACAAAUCAUGCAAACAUAACCUUAGGUUGUUCGGUGAAAUUUCGCUAAAGUGGCUUAGGCAAACAAAGUGCACUAUUGGGGUUAGUAAAACAGAAAUUUUGUAGAUUUUUUUUAUAAAGUUUACUACCAUAUAAAUAUGAUUGCAUUUGAGCAAAGUCAUGGCAAAAAAGUGGAGACCUUAGAAGUCUUCAAGCAAAGGGCCAUCAAAGAUGGCACAUGGAAGGAAGAAGAUGACACAAACAUGCGAGAGAAGAUGGUAACUUGUAUUUGGAAGGUGGCCUUGGAGGUGUGUGGAGCAACAAAAGGGAGUGUAUGCGAAGCUAAAGAUAUUUGUUAGUGGAAAAGAGGAAGUCCAAAUGGCUAUGGAGGCGAAGAAUGAUAAGCGUUUGUACCAAGACAUGACUGUGGACAACAUAGAGAUGUACGUGGUAGCAAAUAAUGGUAGGGCGUUUGUAGAUCUUUACUAAUGUUUGAGUACGAAGGAAGUAGGUAACCAUUACUUUUCUCUCUGCCCAGUUCCUGAUACAAACAAUACCCAUAUGGUAGUAUUGCACUUUAGUGGGAAAGCCAGUUCAUGGUAUAGAGGCUAGAAUCUGACCCAUAAUCACCGCUGAUCUAAUUGAACUGGUUCAGAGGGUAUUCCCAGAUGCAAGCACCUCACCUCAAUGAUGUUGAGGAAUGGAAGAGAUUCUACCAAGUCCAUAAUGGUCAAGAUUCCACACAGAAGGGUCAUGCCGUGAAGCAUCUUAUUCCUGUGGUUCUACAGCAGUAGUAGAAGAUUGGUUUGUAUUUCUCGCAUCUUUUUGAUAACUUGAUUUGUGAGUCUCUGACCACGAAAAAAAGUUACUACUUUACUGAACUGACCUCGGGCGUGUUAAUACCAGUUGAAACACGCUUUGGUCCCUCAUCCGUGAAUCAAUCCCUAGCAGGUUUUGUCUUGUAUCCAAGUAGAUUAUAAUCAAUAUCGGUAUCUAUGGACCUUAGAAAUUCAUUCUUCACCUUGCUUACUUUUAAGUAUGGUUAAUUCAUCCCGACUAGUAUCUUUGGACACCGAAUAAACCUUCUCCCUCUUCUAGGUACCUAACCUAAUCCCUAGUACACCAUCUAUCUCUACAUCCAGGGUCGCCUCCAAUCUCGUUCCGGGUUAAAAAAGCUGAGUGACUUAAGCGGUAUAGAUUCUCAGCAUUAAAAGAAGAUAAAGCCCAACCCUAUUACAAAAGGCGGGAAAAGUCACUCUAUGUAAGUAUUCUAAUAAAUUGGGCACACAUUUCACUAUAUAGUGAGUUUGAGUCUAGGUUACUGUACCUAAGAUGGAUUAUAUAGCCUAAGUCGGGGAAUAACUAAGUAGAUAUUAGCUUUAACCAAAGCAUACUUGUGCAUCAAAGGACAAUAUAGGAUGACUAUGGUUCGUGAGAGGAAGACGAGGAACUUCAACCAAGUUUAGUGCAUUAAGGAUGAAACGCUGCACCUCUUGGUGGAGGAAGAGAUCAGAUAUAGAUGGCGAGAGUAUUUUGACUAAUUGUUCAAUGGGGACAAAGGGGACACGACCUUUCAGUUGGAUGAGUCUUUUGAUGACAUCAAUAGACGCUUUAUGCAUAGGAUCCAAGAAUAUGAUGUUAGAGUGGUACUGAAAAGGAUGAAAUAGGGUAAGGCGAUGAGCCCUGAUGGUGGCAUGGAGAUGCCUCAGGGACAUAACUAUAGUAUCGCUAACCAAGUUGUUCAACCAUAUCUUUUGGUCGAACAAAAUACCUAACAAGUGGAGAAGUAUAUUAGUAGAUGAACAAGAAUAAGGGAGAUAUUUAAAGUGGUACCAUUUAUCGAAGAAUUAAGUUGAUGGGGCAUGCUAUGAGGCUAUUGGAGUUAUCGAGCAUCGUCUGAGAGGAAUAACGAGGAUCUGUAUGAACCAAUUUGGUUUCAUGCCCGGAAGGUCAACCGUGGAAGCCAUUUUAUUAAUAGGAUAUGGGAAGAGGCAGUAAAAGGUGACUUAAAAGGAUGGAGUACACCUAAAGAUUUAACCUUGAACAGGAGUGCAUGGAAAACAAUUAUCUAUGUGCAUGAACUUUGACUUGCAUUUUCUGUUGGGUUUCAACUCUAACUUACCCAACUUGAUUAGGACUAAAAGGCUUCAUUGUCGUUAUACAUAUAUGAUAGCAUUAGGUUUUUAACUUCUAUGCACGUUAGGAACCUAUAUGGGGUUUUGUGUUUUGGAAUUUCAUGAACUUUGAUGGAGUUGAAUGUUAUGAAUAAUUCCUUUUGUGGACAUUGACAUGAGACUUGAUCCUAGGAACAUAUUACUUUUGGUCUUGCAUUGACAUACUGUUCACUUAUUGUCAUUUAUGUUUUGUUUGUAGCAUCCAUAAGCCAAUGUUAUACAAUCUCUAUGUUUUUGUUUCUUGGGGACUACAAUGUUUUCCAUUUAUAUGAUUACCUUUCAUGUAAUUUUUGGAAUAACUUGCCACUUCUUGUGACCAUGAUUUGUUCGUUUUGUAGUUGUUGCUUGGAUACAUUUGUUUUCAAUAGUGAAUUUUGUUUCCUUGCUUGUAGUUGGAGCAAAUCUAAGUCGUUAAAUUGAGAAUAGUCCAAGGAAACCUAAUUCAUCCUAUUUUGGCCCAAGACGACGCUUUCCACUAGAAUGAAGGUGGCAAAUGGGUUGUCUUUGAGGAAAUCUAAUGGUAGGUUUAAAUCAAAGCUUAUGAUGGAACUUGUUAAACAAUGGCGAGAACAUCAAGCAAAUAUGAGGUGCAUGAAUCUAUCCAAGCGUAAUAACAACAUCUAUGUUGGGGCAGAAGGAGCCAACAUAACUUCUCCCAACGAUAGCAACAUUUGGCCAACGAGUGCUUUAGUAGCAAAGAAUAGCAACCCAAGAUAUGUGCUAGCCUCAAAGUGUGCAAGCCAGCCUCCUACAAUGUGGCUAGAGAAUAGCUUGAAUACUUCAUCGGGUUUCAAGUGCUCUAAGCUCUCUAUCGUUAGGAAUGCACUUCCUUCGAAAACACCUAAGGCGUCUGUCUCUUGGAAGUCAAAGGAUGAUUCGAAUGCCAUACCAAGACACCUAGAGCAAUCUCACUGUAAAAAGACAUCUAGAGCAACUCGAACUCACUUCAAGGCGAUGCCGAAUUUGAUUCACAAGGCAAAGAAUGUUGAUACCUCAAAUCUAAACGAUGGUACCUCGGGUUCAAGUUGGAGGGGUCAGUCGGAUUCAUAUAAGGGAGAGGACAUAAAUAUCGGGAAGGAAUGCACUAAAACUUCAGAGUUGUUGAAAAGUAGAGAAGCCUCAAGAAAAUCAAACAUCCUAGUGGUAGAUCGGAAGGAUCCUAACAAAGAUGAGCCAGACAAAGUGAAAGGAAUCCAAGAUGAAGUUAUGACCAAAGAAGAGGGAGUGAAAGGCCAUACCUGUGAAGGUCGUGCGACGUGUUGGAGUUGUCUUAAGCAGGCGAACACCACAAAGACAAAUGAUGCUCCAAAUUUAGGUUCAUUGUUGGUUGGUAACGAACACAUGCAAGGCCUCAUGAGUAAUUUGAGAGAUAAUUCAUCCCAUUUGUUUGAAAAGAAUCAUUCAAGACACCAAAGGGAUGAUCCAUGUGAAUAUAGAGAAACAAACUUGAAGUUUCCUAAUAGGAUCCAAUCAGUUGGAGGCAAUGGGAAAACCAAUGAUGUCACAUCUAGGAGGAAACGACUCUUGUUAGAAGAAAAGGCUAGCGCACACGUGCAAAAUGAUCUUACUUAUGGACCGAUGAAGAGGCGGAGGUACAUAGAAGCCAACGAAGAUGAAGAAGAGCAAAAUGAUCUUACUUAUGGACCGAUGAAGAGGCGGAGGUACAUAGAAGCCAACGAAGAUGAAGAAGAUUAUGUCGGCGACCACCAUCCGGUGCAUAUUGAAGAUGCUACCACUGAAUUGACACCGCAGGAUUCUAUUUCAAAGCAUUGCGUUGAGCGACAAUGCUAUUGUUGCUCAAAGCCUAUUGACAUACCUAGAUGGAGUGGAACCUUUAAGAUAGAUGGAAAGGAACACAUAUCACUGGCUGGACAUUUGUCAUCCAAAUCUUGUGAGAAAGUGUGGAAAUUGUCAUCAUUGCCGAAGGUGGUUCAAGUGACAAAGGUUCCUAGAAUGGCAGUGUGGCCUAAGAUAUUUAAAGCAUCAGAACCCAGUGGUGACAAUAUUGGCCUAUAUUUCUUCCCUCCUGAAAUGAGGCACGAUGAAGAACUAGAUCAACUAGUUAAUGAAGUCAUGGAUAAAGAUUUGAUCUUGCGAGCUAUUAUUGGUGAAGCUGAGAUGCUGAUAUUCCCGUCUGUUCUACUACCUGAAAGAUAUCAGACAUUCCAAACCAAACAUUACCUAUGGGCGGCCUUCAAAGCAAAGGAGGAUAAAGGUGAUGCAAUUGUAGAGGAGGAGGUUGAGAAGGGAAAUUGCGUUUCAAACCAGCCAGACAAGGUACAGUCUGAUAAUGCUUCAUUUCCUUCAAACCAUGGACUGGACCGUCCAAGCAUGGAAGCUCCCCCUCAAAGCAGUAGCAGUGUCUUUGGUAUUGUUGUCCGACAAGCUCCAAAUCUUGAACCAGAAGUGAAGCGAUUUAUCCAGGAGAUGGAACGCAAAGGUGCGUUGGUAACGGUUAUGAGGGGGGAGGCAAUUGGUGGAGGGCCAUAGCCAAGCAACACCACGACCACUAUGCAUUAGUUGUAGAGAGAGUAGAGAGUAAACCAUGUCAAACUAUGCUGUAGUUGUAUAGAGUCUGACACAUAACGUCGUGGACUUGAGCUCUUGUUCAGUUUUUUUUUGUAAGGUACCUACAGGUUUGGUCAUAUGAUAAUUUCUCCGGAACGGCAUACCUUAGCACCUGUUUUCUAAAUGCUUGUCAUUUCCCCAGUUGCAAUUGUGUCUACGUGCCAUCUGGAUUCUGGUUGUUUUUCCUAGACUCUUAGAGCUAAUUUGGGAACCAUAUUUUUCCAGGGGAUUUCCA